UCCAACAUGGCCACAAGUGUGUGAAGGCACGUCCCAGUCAUAGAUAUUCUCGUAAUGAAGAGAAAGUGAGUGGAAAGGGUAUUGUUUGAAGACAUUUAUUAUGGCUGCAGCUAAAACCAGUGCUCUCCCGACGGUUUUGAAGCAGUACGCGCCAGAAUAUGAGCCGAAGUUCGACAGCCCCAAAAGAGAAAUUGCAAAAGGGGGAAAUUUGACAGUGUCAAGUUCUGACCACAAACCACACGGGGGUGACCACAAGGCAGGUAACCAGAAGACUGACCACCACAAGUCGACUGACCACCACAAGCAGUCAAAGCAUGGGAAAGAAGGAAAGAGGAAGAAUGAAGAAAGGUUGUCCAGGGACUCCAGUUUUGCUGAAGCGGCACAGAAGAGAUAUGAUAGGAACUAUGCACAGUGGCAGCAGGCAAAGGUGGAAACCAAAGACACAGAGACGCGUAUCUUGAAGGAGAAGAUCUUACUCCAGCAGGAACUAAUUCGCACACAAGAUGAGCUGUACCAGAAAAAACAAGAAGUCAGAGACAGACGUCAGAGGAAGAAACGUGAGGCAGAGAGAAUCACAAGACAGGCCAAAGAAGAAGCUCUUCGUCAAAUCUGCCGUGAAUCAUUAGAGGAUGACAGAAAAGCUAAGGACCAACGUCGCGAGAAGCAAAAGUUAAAGUCUGAAAAGUCUCUCAAGUCAUCUGGAGAGGAAGCCCAACUCUCGCAUCCCUCGGCGCAUUCCACACGGCCGUCUUUGUCUCCCUUGGGGUCCACCGACGGACAAUCACAAGCACUGUCAGUUAUUUCCAUGCUGUCCAGCAAAACACGAGAGACGCAUCACGGAACAGAAAUGGAAGGCAUCCAAGAAGAGAAGACCAUGGAUUUCCCUUGCCCGUAUGCCAACGGAAAGAAGAAAAGCAAGAAACUUACAGAAGAACAAAAGACCAACCUUCCGUGGCAUCAUUUGCAACUCUAUGAGCUCUAUGGUGAUGAAGCAGAUGACUUUCUGUACCCAAAAAUGGAGCAGACGGUCCAGAAACAGAUUAACCCCAACCUCAGGAAACAAGGAGGUCGGGCCGGUGCUGAGGUACUAUGGGGCACACUAAGAGGAGACACCACAAAGAGGCUAAUGCGCGCAGACGGCAGGAUCCCCGGUGAACUGAAGAAUGCUUAUGGUGCAUUUGUGCGCGAAGGGCUUGACCAGGGAAGGAGGCCAGUCAUGAGAAAUUUCUGUGCGACUGAAGAUGUGCCAGACAUGCCCAAACUCCUUGACCAGUCUGUGCUGACCAAUGCUCGUGACUUGAGACACAAGCUUGGACUGAUGUUUCGGGGAACUCAGAUUAAUGCCGAUAAAACCAAAGUGUUGAUUUUCAACAACCCUCUGCCAGACUUCAACAACGCGGAGGGAGAAGAGAGCAUAAGCCGCUACCUGCCCUCCUGGAUGCCAGACAAUUGGGAUGAAGAAUCAGAACACAGCUAUAAGAAGUGGUUGAUAUCCAAGGAAAGUGAACCGUCUCUUCCUAUUCAACCUCUUCUUGAACAGCAAACAUCUUUUAGUCUUGAAAACAUCCCCGAGGAUCAAGAACUGGCCCUGAACCAGAAUUCCCAUGGUGACUUAAGUAACCUUGACCUUGACAAAAUGGACAUUGGGAUGGAUAUGCUGCCCAUAGAAGACCAGUGGUCCUUUUUGAAUAAUUUGAAACAGAUACCUAAGUCCAGCAAAAGCCGAAUACAUUUUCUGACUGAAAAAGAGGCCACUGUGCCAGGCCAGUUCUCAAGGAAAUACAAAGAGCUGGAAGAAAGUCGAACUAUUCCUCAAGCUGUCAGCCAGGAGGCAAAGCAGCAGCUGGAACAGCAGAAGCAGCAGUAUAGUCAACAGCCAGAGACACCAAGGUCAGCUACUGGAGUCCGAAGCGCGCUAUCCAUACGAGAAACUGAUUCCAGAAAGUCCCGGUCUCGCACGGCACCGCCUAACUCUAGUGAAUUCCAGUAUAUAGAUCGCUACACAAGCAAAUGGCAGCCAUUAGAUAUGCAUGCACUGUUAGAGUACACAGAUAACAAAGGUGCCCCUGGAGAGGGGAAGUUCCGCACUGGACAGACUAAGAUGUUCAAAGUAGCAUAGAGAAAGAAAGGACCAGAGAGAGAGAGAGAGAGAGAGAGAGGAUGAGAGAGAUUUUUAGACCAAAGUUAACAAUUGCAUUCACGUAUUUAGAUAUAUAUUUAUACAAUCAUGAUACCGUCCAUUUUAUACUUGCGAGCACCAUGGUAAUGUAAAUAUGUAAAUACUGUUUGAUGGAAAUGAAGAAGGGUGCUUCAAAACCUGUGAUGUUGAUUAUGAUUAUCAGAUCCAAGACCGUUCUCCCAGUCUAUUUAGUUUAAUAGGUAAAUAUUAAAGUGGAGAUUGCUGGGCAUGAAAUGAAAAAUACUUGUUUGACAGUCAAAUGCUAGGUAGAAUUUUUUUUCAAAAUGCAAACAGAAACUGAAUCUGGCAUGUUUGUAUGAUAUCAUUUUAUUUAUUUAUUUGUUUAUUUAUUUAUAAUUAGAUUUUUUUUUUUGCAUUUGGGACCAUCACGUACCAGUGUGUCAAAUAUGUACGCAUUUCUAUUGUCAUUCAGGGCAUUAAAAGGAAGGUUAUUUCAAGAAAUAGAUUACAUUUUACCCAGUAAAUCUUAGGUAGCCUUGCACUUUGGAGUGUGAACUUAUUGCAUUUUUUCACUGCAGCUGAAAGAGUAAUAAGAUGGAGCAAAUAUAAAAAACCAAUGUGAUUGUAUCUUUUCUAAGAUUUACAGUACAAUGAAUUAUAUCUGUAUAUUAAUAAUUAAACCUUAUUUUUGUACAUCAGCAGUAAAUAUCAAUGAAAGAAAAUAUUAUAUAUUGCCAAAGUAAAAUGAACAUGUUUGUUUUAGCUGCUGUGGUUUGUUGGUUAUUGAACAUUUAUUUGUUAUUGAAAAUGAAUAUUUAAUUUGAAAAGAUGUAGACACUAUAAAUAUUUGAUACCAAAAAAGUAUAAAAUGAAUAUUAUUAUCUUUUUCGAAGUAUGAUUUAUAUUUUGUGACUUUCUGUGAAAAGUCUAACGCUGUAUUGUUAAAUGACCCAAUAAUAGUUUGUAUAAUUACUGAUGUUGUUAAUGUAAUUGAUACCAACCACGGCAGCUACACAGACAAUACCUCUACCUGUGCUGUUGAACAGACAGGACGUGCUAAGUGAAAGCUGUUUAAGAAUUUUCAGGGGAGAAAAGACCAAAGGGGACCUUGAAUAAAAAUAUAUAGACUUUGGAGAAAGAAACAUUGGAAGUUUACAGCUAGGCAUAAUUUUUUUUAGAGUUGAUCUCAGGUUUUCCUUCCUCCUCUCCCCUAAAAUAUUCUAAAACAGAACUAACAGCCUCUGGUGCUCUUGUAGUGAUAGGGACUUUCUGGUUUUGUACACAGAGCUCCCCCAAAUGAACAGGCAGUGCUUUGGUGUAGGGCAAUAUUUCAUUAGAAAAAUUAGGAACCAGUCAACAUCAUCUUGGAUAUCAUUUUUUUUUUUGUUUGUUUGUUUUGCUGAUACUUUUCUCUGUAUUCAAAAAUUAAAAGGAGUAUCAGCUCUGGUUUCAACAACAUUAUCUGAUAAUUUUUACAUUCAUCAGUUCAUUAAUUUAUCUUCUAUUUUUACAUUUAUACCAUGUGUUUAUUAUUAUUAUUAUUAUUAUUAUUAUUAUUAUUGCCCAAACACUACAUGGCCUGUUCCGUUUGUGGAGAGUAUGUGUACAAAUUCAUGCAGAAGGCAGUUCCAUUUUCACACAAUCUAGACACUGAUAGCUGGUGCUGCAGAGAGCUGUACAUAUGGCUUACAUAGAGCACCUUCAUAUAUGCACGCACGCACACGCACCUAUAUGCACGUGCACGUCAUUUAAAUGGUAUUAAUUCACAAUAUUACUUCGUUGUUUACAUGUUCGAAUCAACAAUUGACAGUUAAAAUGUAUUUGCUGUUCAAGAAUUCAAGAAAUUUAUAAUUUGGUUUUGUCCAUUGGUGGUUGCUGAAUGCAAUUCUGUGAUGAAGUUCCUGAUUCCUUAAUGAUGCUUUUGUAAACGAAUAAAGAAUCGUUCUGGUUAUUGUAAUGUACUGUUAAAGCACUGUAUGGCUAUGCAGAUAUGCUUUUGCACAUAAUGUAAAAUAAAAUUGAUAUUGAUCACACA